CCUUUAUAUAUCUUAACUUUUUUUUAUUCCGUCCCUUUCUCACGCGGGGGAUUUCGGAACCUAUCAUCCCCUCUGCGAUUUCCUCGAAGAAGCCCUCGCCGUCGGCUUCUCUCCAAUCCAAACGCCUCCUUCUUCGUUUUCGGUCAUUCUGUCCAAAACCUGCAUCGAUCGUUUGAUCGAUCGAUCGAUCUACUCUUCUUGAUACGAGGCGAGUUAUUUAGAAUCUGGCCACCAUGUUUAGUAGGAUUUUCGGAAAGCCCAAGGAGCAGGCCAAUGCUUUGGCCACCCUCGACAAGUUAAACGAGACACUUGAGAUGCUAGAGAAAAAGGAGAGAGUUCUCUUGAAGAAGGUUGCUGCUGAGGUUGAAAAGGCUAAGGAGUUCACAAGAGCGAAGAAUAAAAGGGCCGCAAUACAAUGCUUGAAGAGAAAGAGGCUUUAUGAGCAGCAAGUUGAGCAACUUGGGAAUUUCCAAUUGCGUAUUCAUGAUCAGAUGAUAAUGUUGGAAGGUGCAAAAGCUACAACAGAGACUGUUGGUGCAUUGAGAACUGGAGCAGCAGCAAUGAAGGCUAUGCAGAAAGCAACUAAUAUUGAUGAUGUUGACAAGACUAUGGAUGAAAUUAAUGAGCAGACAGAGAACAUGAAACAAAUUCAGGAAGCACUAUCUGCUCCGAUUGGAGCUGCAGCUGAUUUUGAUGAAGAUGAAUUAGAGGCAGAACUUGAAGAGUUGGAGGGUGCAGAGUUGGAAGAACAGCUACUGCAACCUGCCACAACCGCUCCUGCUGCUCCAGUGCAUGUCCCUGCUGGCAGGCAACAGGCUCGGCCUGCUCCACAGAAAAAUACAGCCGAAGAAGAUGAACUUGCAGCAUUACAAGCAGAAAUGGCAAUGUAGGCAGGUACUCGAUGCUUGAAGUGCAAAGAAUGUGAAAAUGAUCGGGUGUAAUCUGAUGGAGGUGUCAAGAUUCUCCACCUCUAUAGGUGUGUAUACAUUUUUGCAAGAUAUUAUCAUGGUGGCUGGUAGAAAAGGUGAUGCUGUCAACUUGUUUUCACUUGAUGAUUUCUGUAAGUUGGAUGAUUCCUGUAAUCACGUAAUAUUGUAAGACAAAGUUCUAGCCUGUCGUUCUCUAACGCACAUAAAGAUUAAGUUAUGGUUCGUAGAGAAUAUGCUAAGAAUGUGAGACUACAUCAUGGUCAUUCUUUGUGCCACAAUCUCCACUGAAAUAGUUAGGGUCGGGUUGGAGGUUUUAUUCA